CUAGCUAGCUAGCUUAAUAAUAGUGAUAAAAGUUAUAAUUAACGAGGAAACUUUUCAAGUUGAACACCAGGAAUGAAUAAAGACCAUUCCCCUUCAAUUCUACUAUCCUCCUAAAAAAAAUUUAUUAGCCAAAAGGACAAUUAGAACACACGUAAUUCUGAAAUGUGGAGAAGGGAAGAAGGAGUGGUGGAAUUUGAAGUAGCAGUGGGAGGAGAGGCCGCAGAUACAUUUGAUUUAGAGAAAACAGUAUGCAGCCAUGGCUUAUUUAUGCUAUCCCCUAAUCAUUGGGACCCUCUCUCUCGCACCUUCUCUCGUCCAUUGCGCCUAAAUGACGAUACUGAUAAUUCCCUUAUGGUAUCCAUCUCUCAACAUCUCUCUAAGUCUCUUCUCGUCCGCGUCUAUGGCAAUCGUUCCCUCUCCCCGAAACAUCAAGAGUCGCUUUUGGUUCAGAUUGUUAGGAUGCUUAGGUUAUCGGAUAUGGACGAGUUCAAUGCCAGAGAGUUUAGAAAGAUCGUUUCAGCUUUUGAGGGAGAAGAGUGUCCUUUGAUUGGAGAUUUUGGAGGGAGAGUGUUGAGGUCUCCCACUUUGUUUGAGGACAUGGUUAAGUGCAUUCUCCUUUGCAAUUGCCAGUGGUCAAGGACUCUAAGCAUGGCGGAUGCACUCUGUAAAUUUCAGAUCGAACUGCAUUCUCAAUCACCUCAACAAAAACACGCUUUUAACCAUUUCAUUCCAAAUACACCUGUUAAAAAGGAGCCCAAGAGGAAAAUUAGACUAUCCAAAGUGCCUACAGAAAGCAUGGAUUUGGAAGCAGCUGAUACCUGCUUGACAACGGACGAUUCACAAAUGAAGAUAUCGAAUUCUCUUAAUUGUGUAGAUGAUGGUUCUUUUGAUAAUCUUAAAUCUUGUCAGGGAUCAAAUACAUUUUAUAGUACCGGCCCUUAUGCAACUUCUGAUAUUCAAUCUCACCUAGUGACACAGCAUUGCGCAAAAAAAACAACUGGUAAUUUUCCUAGCCCCAGGGAAUUAGCAAACCUUGAUGAAAGAUUUCUGGCGAAGCGCUGUGGUCUUGGCUAUAGAGCAGGUCGAAUUAUAAAACUGGCUCAGGGUAUUGUUGAAGGAAGAAUCCCACUAAGAGAAUUUGAACAAGUUUCCAAUGGAGGUAGUUUGUCCACUUAUAGUAAAUUGACCGAUCAGCUCAGAGAAAUUGAGGGUUUUGGUCCUUUCACACGAGCCAAUGUGCUUAUGUGCAUGGGAUUCUACCAUGUUAUUCCUACUGAUUCUGAAACUGUGAGGCAUUUUAAACAGGUUCAUGCCAAAAAUUCCACCAUCAAAACAGUUCAAAGCGAGGCUGAAGAGAUAUAUAGAAAAUUUGCUCCCUUCCAAUUCCUAGUCUACUGGGCAGAAUUAUGGCACUUCUAUGAGCAAAGGUUUGGGAAGCUUAGUGAAAUGCCUUGCUCUAAUUAUAAACUUAUUACUGCUAGUAAUCUGAGGAACAAAGGACAUCAUAAAGCCAAGAGGGCUAAAAUAUCUCGAGCUGACUAGAAGGCAACUAAGGGAAGAAGCAUGAAAGAAGAAGUUGGCCGUUUAAACAGACAAUAAUUUGACGUAUGCUGGAACGGUCCCAAACCAGAUCUCCAUCGAAAAGAGAGAUAUGGAUAACACAUUAAAUAAAAUUGCCUUUUUUCUUUUUUGGUUUAUUUCAAAGUUUGCCUUCUCUUAUUAUAUUAUAAAAUAGAGCCAUCACCCUUGGGACUCAUCCUCACCCACUUUGCAUGAACUAGCAAGAUAAGAGGGAGAGA